AUGUACGCAGCAUUUCUGCGAACUUUAAGGCUUUUGUUCAUUCUCCACCUCAUGCUCUGUAAUUCUUUGUGUGCUUCGAAGAGGUACAAACGUUAUUAUCAAAAACGUUUUAAUUUAACUCUUUCUGUUCGUAACCAUGAUGUUACGGAAGCUAAAUUUUUCCGCCUUAUUGGAGUUGGAAAUACCGCUGAUUUCUAUGUCGCACCUGGCGAUAUCUUUACGAAAACCUAUGAGGCUAAGCGGAAAGGCUUCUGGACAUUAUUUGUCGAAUUCCCAGGAAACCGUUAUUCAAAAUCCCCAAGGAAAAUUAUUUCCCGCGAUUCUCAUAAACACUGGAUUAUUGAAGUGUAUUAUUAUCCGGGAGCAGUUGGGUUCAGCAAAUGGCAUAAAGUAUAUGAUGAAAUGUUUAAAAACAAAAUCCUCUAUUAA